AUGGCCCAAGUUGCUCUCAAAGAGAAAACACCUUUGCGCCUAGAAAUUGAGGAGAUCGACGAGUCCAAGAACGUUGUCGCGACGUAUAUCGCAUCCGCGCCAAACGACGAUUGGAAAACCUCCAGAAUUGAUGUUGUGGUUCCCAAGAAUACCAACUCGUAUGCGAGAAGCAUCUUGAAUGCCUUCCUCCCUGCUGGAUAUCCGCACAGUGUCACCAAUGAUUAUCUCGAGUACCAGAUUUAUGAUUCCCUUCAAGCUUUCAGUAGCUCAAUUGCGGGCUUGUUGUCCAGUAGAGCAGUACUCGAAGGAAUCGGUGUCGGCGACUCCCAUGCCUCACCAACAGCAGCACUCCUCCUCUCAGUCCUCCAAGAGAGCAUGGGACGCAUUGCCACAAUUCUCUUCGCUCAUAGACUAGGAACUUCACUCGAGCCGGAAUGCAAGAUGUAUCGACUUGCAGCAGACAUAUUCAACGAUUCUGCCAUGAUUCUUGACUGUUUCUCACCAGCACUGCCAAAAGCUUCGAGGGUUGUUUUGCUGAGCUUAUCUAGUGUGCUCAGGAGUCUAUGCGGUAUUGCGGCUGGAAGUUCGAAGGCGUCACUGAGCACUCAUUUUGCUACACAAGGCAAUUUGGGGGAGCUUAAUGCUAAAGACUCGAGUCAAGAGACUAUCAUAUCUCUGUUGGGAAUGCUUGUUGGUAGUCUCGUGGUCUCCCAUAUAUCAUCUAAAUGGGCAACAUGGAGUGCGAUGAUUGCUCUUCUUGCCAUACAUUUAGGGACGAACUAUCUGGCGGUCCGAGCAGUGAGCAUGCGGACUCUAAAUCGACAGCGUGCCAACAUCGUGUCUUCGAAUAUUUUCGAAACGGUAUAUCAGAAGAUACAUGCUGCCGAAGAGGAAACGCUAUCCGAUACAGACUUGCUUUCCAUUCGAAUUCCUUCGCCAGAAGAAGUGUCCGUCAAAGAAAAGGUUUUCGAGAAAGAUGGAGUUUUGAGAUGGAAAGGAGGGAAGCCCUUGGGUUAUUGCAGAAUAGGAGUCGAUGUUCGAACCAUUCUCAAUCUAUUUGGGAAGCCAAACCGGUCGAGUGGUAGCUAUAGCGAAGACCAACCAGUGACAUUUGCUAAGCUGUUGGAUAUAUACAAGGACGACGGUUAUAUUAUGUGGUAUGAUGAACCACGGAAGACAUUCCUCAUUAUCUUAAAAGAUACUGCUCAGACUACGACUCACCUUCAGGCUUGGAUGCAUGCUUUAUACCACGCAGAAGCUUCGAAACUCGGUCGCUUACAGGAUGAAGAGACUGUGAUGGCUGCUAUUUCAAGUACAAAGACUUAUGUUGCCAAGGUCUUAGACCGCUUUGCAGUAUUUGAAGAGCUCCAGAAAGCCGGUUGGGAUAUCGAGACGGGAGCUAUGGAAACAAAAUCUGGGACAAGAAUCAAGCUGAGAAGUCUUUGA